AUGACGUCAAUAUCGAAAUGGCAUCGGUUGACGGACGAACUGAAGACGAAAUUCCUCGAAUUAACAGACUAUGAAUCGAGGUAAUCGGAAAAUUUCAUUUUUAGUGCAAAACAAACAUUUUCAGACGGAAUUUGAUGUGUUGCUCGAAAGAAUUGAAUCGCCUUGUAUCAUUAUUGAGAUAUGAAUAUGUUCGUUUAUUGAGAAUCAAAAUCUACGAAGACACGUGGAUUUUUGUGCUGGAAUCGAAGCAAACAGGAUCAGAUGCCGUUUCCACGCGAGAAGACCCCAAAAACGACGGUGAUUGGCGCCGUAUUCUCGACCAAUUUCUCGAUUUUCUCAUAACAAAGGAGAUCGAAGAAGUCCGACUGUUCGGAUUGAUUCAGGACGCACGAAUUUCCAAUCAUUUCGAAAACAUUUGCUUCACGAAGUGUAUUAUCCACUCCCUCGUACUCGACGAAAUCACGAGAUUUUUUCUGUGCAAUUUUCUCAUUCAAAAUAGUGUGUUUUUGAAGAAUUUGAUAAUGAACGGAUUCACAAAAUAUGCGCAUGACAAUCAGGUUCGUUCAAAUUUUUGGAUAAACUUCUUCCAAUCGUUUUUUUUUGUAUCAAGCGUGGCUUAUUCGUUUUCACGGAUUUGGUGCAAACACGUGUCGAAACGUGCACGAAAAGUUGGCAAACAGGAAUUAUCCGAUUGGCACCGAAAUUUUCGUUCCGUUUCAUUGGGUCCAAACUCCAACCGAUCAGAAACAAUCGUAAACUUCAGUUAUCAACUUAUUUCAGACAAACACUCAUUUUCAGUCUGUACAAAAUGGAAAACGGCAACAAUGUAGUGUGCAAAGUGGUCCCGACCGGACUGUAUUGCCGGAUCGUAGCUUCCGAAGCCUGUGAAUUGGUUCCGACACUGCUCGAACACGUUGUGUGCAAUAACUUCUAUGAAUACGAAGAAAAGUCGAUGAAGAAUUGGUGCGAUUUGCCGCCGGAACUGAAGUUGGUGUGCAUUCAGCACAUGAAUUAUAGGACGAGGUGCUCAAAAUGUUUAGCUUCGCGCUUUGGUAUACAACUACUCCGUUUCAGGUGCCUUCUUCGCGCGACCGCCCGUCUCGAGAUGUCCCUGGUCGAAAAGCUACCGUUCAAUUUCCACGCGGCUCACUUCCACCACUCGUUCCUCUCUUCUCAGCACUCCAACUACAUUUCGAUGGUUGUGGACGCCGCCGGCGAAAAGAUUGAUAUCAACACGAAUCCGUCAGUCUCUUGAUCCCAGGCGCCUACCCCCUAGUUGUCCAAUUUCUUCAGAUUCAAAGCCACCGGACUGGACAUUCAAUACGAGCAGUCGGUGGCAGCGAUUCGCCUGAUGAUGCGUCUCUGCUCGUUCAAAUUGCUCCGUAUUUUUUCAUACGAAGAUUUCGCCGACGUGACAUUUCUUCUGGCGGAGCUCUCAAAAUCCGCCCCGUUCCACGUCAGAAACGUCGUCUUAGAAUGCGCCCAGCAUGAGCUCGCCGCGUUUUUCCUGAAAAACUGCAAAAAAGAGCUGAACAUUGUCGAGUUGUACUUUCAGAGAUCGCCAAAAGUGACAACUGGCGGCUUUAUCAAACUUUUGGAGGUGUCUUAUCCAAAGACGGCCUUUUGAAUUGCUAAUUUGUAGAGCGUGAACGCGCGGCACGUCCAAAUGACUCCGGCACUUCACUCGGAAAACGUUAUAUCCCUGAUUUGGAUGAUUGAGCGAUGGAUUGAGAUGGAUGCGCCAAUUGGCCGCCGAUUUCUGCUCAACAUUCGAAAUGAGUCAUUCGAGAAUUUGCUCAUGAGUUUCGCCGAGAGAUUUUAUGAGCAAAUCGAGUAAGAACCAGAAUGUCUUUGUGCUAGCACCGAUCGAAAUGAAUUUUAGAUACCAAAAUUACCACGAGGUCCGUCUGUAUUUGGAUGAAGACGAGGAGAAGGCGAUUCUGGUGGCAGCGUACCCGGAGAGCCGAACCAUCAGCUGCCUGGUGAUUCCGUCGACCUUGGACGAGGAUGACUACGAAACGAGCGACGGAUGGAUCGACGACUUGACACAAUAG